CGUCAUGCUCCUCCACACUCACAUUUCAGUGCAAGAUCAAAUAAAAAUGAAACAAGGAUUGAAAAGGCGAUUGAACUUUGCCUAAAUACAGCACAACAUCACGGCUUAUAAGACAGCAUGCCUCGCACACUACCAUGGCUCACCGGCUCCGGAAAUAGCAAAAACAGCAGAGACUCCACGCCAAAACGACCGGCAAGAGUGAAAAGCAAGAACAACGAUAGCGAUGCGACUCCCAAGGCGAAAGUGGCCGAUUCACCUCUCAAGAAACGAGAUUUCUUCAGAUCAUCCCCGACACCGCCGUCGUCUCCUAUUCACCGCUGCCCAUCUGAAGAGUUUCUGGUCGAGGGUCUGUCGCACGAUGACAUUUAUAUUAUGGUCGAGGAUGAAUUCUACGCCAUCGCACAAUCUUUUACGCAUCAUCUUCAUUAUGCCGAAUACGCGAGGCGCAAGAAAGAGGUUAAAUUGCAGAAUGCUGCCGCCAUUCGGAAUCUAGCUCGGCCAACCGAUGGCGUGACGCCUGUCAGUGAGGAUACCAAGCGGAGGAAUGCUGCUGAUGCGCUUUCCGCCCGUCAAAAGGCCGGCCUUGAGCGGAUGGGGAGUAAGCGGCCGCAGGUGGACUCGGACGAGGAGAAUGACGAGGUUGAAGAGGAUGACACGUGGGCGGGGACAUCGUUACAUGAUCUGAUGGUGAGCCCGAGAAAGGCGAGGUCAUUGGUGGGUAUGCAGGGGAUCAAGUCAUCGACGAGGGCGGCCCAGGGAUUUUCGCAGUCAUCUGGACGAGGGAAUCUUAAUAGUUCGCCACCCAGGAUAUACGAAGCAGCCCAGGGUCAUGAUGUUGAAACAGCUUCGGAGGACGAUGACCUAGAUUUACAGCAUGAUACGGCCUCCACAAGGCCCGCUCAAAAUGCACAUCUCAUUAGUUCAGAUUCGACGUCGUCAAAUUUUCGGAAUAACCCUUUGACCCCUACAAAGGACCGGGGAAGAAAAAGGCAGUCUAUGAGUACUAGAUACAAGACACCAACCGCUACCCAAGCCAAGAGGAGAUUGUUUUUUGAUGAUUUUGAUGAGCUUCCAGAGCUACAAAAUUCAAACGUACAAGUACAGGGUCGAGGACCUUCACCGUCUAUCAGUACAACCCGACAGGAAAGCCCACCCUGUGGGAACAAUCCGCAGUCGAAGAAAUCGCGUCUCAACGAAGUUCCAACAUUCCUGCUCUGAGUCUGCAGAUGGGUUGGGCGAUGUGAUCGAAAUGAUUUAACGGCCAACCUGGCACCCAUUCCUCCUCAUCCGGCGGCACAACUUCUAAAAUCCCGCAAGCCACACAUUCCCGUGGUGGCUCCAAGCAGAACAACUUCAGGCUUCAUGUUCGGAGACCGGCCGGGCCACUCUCACGCUCAGUCUUCUGACGUUGUUCUUGAUUCGUUGGCGAGUUGAGGAUUCAUGCUCCAGAGACUUGAUCAUUGUAUCCUUCUCCAAGGACGAGCUGUGGCUAUGUAAUGUUUGAGCACUGUGAACGACAUUGUUAGAAACGGUGUCUCGAGAUUGGGCGCAAAGGUGUACUGACUCGUCAUCUGGGAAGAAGCUCGGCAUUUCCUCCUUUCGAAAGUUCAUCGGGGGUCCCUGAGUCCUUCGUCAGUCUUGUUCUCCCUAAUACGUUUAUCUGAUAGGCCUCAACUUACAAUUUCCAAUCCCCGUUGCGGAGGCGGAUUACGCUGAAAUGGGGCCUUGACCAUUCGACCAAUCUGGCGGAAACACUCCAUGGUCUGCAAGAUCGAGCGUUGGAAUGAUGGGAAAGUCGUAGUCAAUUAGGGUCGAAUCGAAUGAAGAUGCAACCAAAAAAAAAAAAAAAAAAAAAAAAA